CAAAGAUUUAUUUGUGAAAAAUAUUCAAUCUUCCGCUUUCAUGACACGAGACGUGUUGGUGGUCUGCACGUUCUGUGUCCUGGUGUUCAAUAAAGUCCCCACUGACUUCCUCCCUCUGUAAUCAGUGCUGUUCAGUUAUCAGCUGCUGACAGUUCCAUGCACAACAGCUGGAGAACAUUGUCACUCAGUUAUGGCAGGUCUCACAUGGAUCCUCACUUUCCUCUGUGUUGCAGGAUGCCACCACUCUUCAGCCUCACCUGUUCCCCGCUCUCCCCGGAUGGUCCAGGUGGGGGAGAACGUCACACUGACCUGUAACCUGACGUCCAGCAGGGAGAUCACCUGGUACCUGUUGCGUUCAGACCAGCUGCUGCCACUGCUGACAGUUACACCAAGCAAAAUAGGACAAAAUCUGGUCAGCUUUCACUCUAAAAACAAUAGUCGCAUCUACACCCGGGGAGACAUAGAGAGAGGCCCGGUCAGCCUGGAGAUCCUGGAGGUAGAGGAGAAGGAUGCUGGGCUGUAUUUCUGCACAGGGUGGUGUGCAGAUGUUGUAUGUGUUAACAGAGGGGUUCUUCUAACUGUGAAUGGAGCUGAUGGGGAGUUAUGGGCCAUAGACAAAAUGAGGCAGCCGGGUUGGAGACUGGGAAUCUGUGCGCUUCCAGCUUUAAUUGCCCUCGUUUUCGUCUUCCUCUUUGGACUCUGCCUGUGCUCAGGAAAACCAGCUGUUUGCUGCUGUCCUUCACUGAGAAGAGACUCCAGUCUGAGGAUCACAGAGGACAUGUCUUUGCACUACUCCAGUCUGAAGCAUGCACACCAGCCCCGCCCCUCUGGCCACGGAGGAACAAGAUUGGUCAAAGAGGAUGUCACAUAUUCAACAGUGAUGAGUCGCAAGAACCCAAACACAUCACACGAGAACAGAUAGAGAGCCUCUUUCUUGUUUUUGUACCAUGUUUUUUUUUUUUACAUACAAGUUUUAGUGAAUGAUGAAUUUCAUCACCACCUGCUGGUGAGAAAGUAGAUCACACUCUCUCACUUCUUUAAAGGGCCAGUAUGUUAGUAUGUCAGUGUAAAACCCUCAAAAGUUAACUAGACGAUCAACAAAAUGUGAAGAAAUUACAGUUGUGACGUUAUGUCACAGCAGAGAUAUCUACUGGCGUUGGCAUGUUAACCAGCUAGCCAAGGCCCCGCCCAUCUCAUAAUACCCAGGGGCACACUGUCAGGAGAGGCAAACCAGCCAAGGGGAAAAGGGUCCCCUUAUGGCCCCUCAUAAUGGCACAUUUUGCAGUGACAACUAUAAGUGCAUGAAUUUACUGACAUUUAUAUCACAUGUCCCAACUGUUUAGAACAAUAAUAUCUUUAAGGAUCUGGAUAAGCAGCAGAAAAUGAAGGGAUGAAGGGAUGAAGGGCUGAAUGGAGAUUUUUCAGCCAGUUUUGGCUAAAAUCUGCCUACAGCAGACUGGUAAGAUAUAUUUAAACCCUUAUUAAUGACAUUUUAGACUAUAAUAUAACAUAAUAUAAAAGUUAAAAAGAUAUAUAUAUAUUUUUAGGAAACACUUUUUAAGACCUGCAGAUAGACCUGUGUAUAUGCAAAGACAGAUAUUUUUAAUAUGCUAGAGAAAGUAAUGACUCAUGACUUUAUUUCUGUAUCUCUAUGAUUUUUUUAAAAGCUAUUUCACUUUUCAUGUCAGUGUGACUGCUGUAGAAGCACUGCUCUCUUUUGGGUUUUAGUUAUAAACCAACUAUCUAUUUCUUUCAAUCAUUUACAUAUAUAAAUACACCACAGAAGAAUGUCAAAAUGUUACUGUAACUGCUUGCCAAAUAAUCAUGAUGAUAGAAAGCUUAUUUGUAUAUGAUGUUUAUGUAGCAUCCACUGUUUUUUAAGCUCCUCUUGUGCUUGUCUCUGAUGUGCGUCAGUUAUGUUAGGGUUCGUUGUGCAUAUUUACCUCUCAAUAAAUAGAUUUUGAUUGUCA